AUGAAUGGUGUCCUACAUUACAUAUUAUUAACUAUUUUAAAUGUGGAAUUACUACUGGGAAAUUUAGGCAAUGCAUUCACAGUGCUAGUGAACGUUAUGGACUGGGUAAAGAGGAGAAAGAUAUCUUUCACAGAUCAGAUCUUGACUACUCUGGCAAUUUCUAGAAUUUCUUUGCUCUUUUCAUUAACUGCAAGUUUAUUUGUAUCUGAACGGCUUCGAGCCAUAAGAAUAACUAGAAGAAUUGUGAAACAAAUUUUUAUUUCCUGGACAGCAACCAAUCAUUUCAGUAUCUGGCUUGCUACAUGUCUCAGCAUCUUCUAUUUUCUCAAGAUAGCCAAUUUCUCAAAUUCUAUUUUCCUUCAUCUAAAGUGGAGAGUUAAAAAAAUAGUUUCAGGGACACUGUUGGCAUCUCUGCUCUUAUUGUUUUUUAACAUUUUAGUCAUAAACACAUACAUUGAUAUCUUCAUUUACAGCAUCGAAACAAAUGCAUCCUUCCGUGUUAUCUCAAGUAAUUAUUCUCAAGUUCCUAGGCUCGUUUUACUCACCAACACUAUGUUCACACUCAUCCCCUUCACUGUGACCCUGACUAUGUUUCUCCUGCUCAUCUUCUCCCUUUGGCAACAUCUGAAGAGCAUGCAGUACAAUGCCCAAGGAUCCAGAGAUGUCAGCACUGUGGCCCAAAUAAAGGCUCUGCAGGUGGUCACCUUCCUGUUACUGUAUGCCGUUUUUUCUCUGUCACUUCUUUUGCAGUUUCGUAACAUUAUAUAUAAACAGAAAAAUUCAGUUUCUCUGUUUUUCUGGACUAUUGGAGUUGCUUUCCCUUCUGGCCACUCAUAUGUCUUGAUCCUGGGAAACACUAAACUUAGACAGGCAUUUAUUGCCAUGGUGUGGUGGCUGAGGUGUAGACUCAGUGAUGUGAAGCCCCCAGUUUCCUAA